AUGACAAAGAAUUUGAUAUCUUUAAGUCUUCUCGACAAUAAGGGUUUUAGUUUCCAAGGUGAAGGUGGAGUUAUGGAUGUCUGCAAGGGUUCAAACGUGGUUCUAAAAGGUAUUAAAAAUGGUGCCUUACAUCUUCUACAAGGUUCUACUAUAACAAGUUCCGAUGCUGUUGCAUCAUAUGAGGUUGGACAUAUGGGUAAAAGAGGGAUGCAAAUUCUGACAAAAAGGAAUCUUCUUUGUGGGCGCAAGGUCCAGGAUCUAGAAUUCCGCGAACAUUGUGUGUUUGGGAAGCUUCAUCGCAGCAAGUUUCCAAAGGGUCUUCAGAGGACAAAGGGCACAAUUGAUUAUAUCCAUUUUGUUUAA